AUGGACGUUGUUCUUCCCCCUGCCAAACGGCGGAAGAGGACUAGGAGGUUCAUAAUCGAGGAAGAUCUUAGGCAACCCUCUGUCGAUGCUUCUGAACACAUCUUCAAGGAGGAUAUCAUAGAGGACACCCCAAAUGGGCCCACGGUGCGAACAGUAGAGCACCCAAUUUCUCUACCCCCUGUGCACCCAGAUGCAUCUGGCCCAACGGGGAUGGCAACCAAUCCAGUCCAACAGGCCCACCACCCAGUUAGCUAUCCGGACGAGGUGGAUGAGGGAUUGGCCUCCACCCAUGGACGACCACGCAAGGCAGGGAAUACUGAUUGA